CAAGUAGAGGCAGGCGCACUUUUCUUGCAGCUCGAGAAAGCCUGGGAAUGAACAUCACUCAAUAUGGCGGACGAAGAGAGCCUAGAAGAAUUGAAGAUAAAGAUUGACUCUUUAUCGCAUCCAGAAGUGAUGGCUCUCUUUAGCGAAAAACUGGGGAAGAUAAUGGAAGAUCCACUCCUCAUUGGAUUGCCAAAUGAGCCAACUCUCGAUGAGAUGAACUCGCAGAUUGCACUGGAACAUGGCCGCGCUAUUGUUGUGAACGUUCGUCAGCAAGAUGAACAAGGCACUUUGCUACGUAAGAAGAAACUCAGAUGUAUUCUGCGUAGUUUUUUUUAACCGUGAAGCGAAUAUAGCUACAUACAUGAUAAAUUAUCGAUAGAGAAAUGAAAUGAUAGGAACAUAAAAAUAAAUUACAAUCACAUUAUUAAAUAUUAUAAACAUUAGACUUACUAUAAAAAUCUGUUUGGUCGAGAGCAUCCAAUCAAUACAAAAUGGCAUAUGAUGUUGAUAUGAUAACCCAAUCUCUGCACCAGAUAUUGUAUUUGUCAUGAUGUGUCAAAGUCUGCCUAGUUUCCAAGCCCCUCGUCCAUGUAGUUGUUCUUAAACUUUUGUUAACUCAAAGAGAAGAGCAUUCUUUUGCAGAUUAAUUUAAAAGUGUUUAACAAAACAAAUAUUGAAUUUGACUUUUGCAAUAAUUUUAUAUGUCUUUUAACAAACUUUCAGCUGUAGUUGUCAUCCAAAAUGCAACAGUGCAUGACUUAAAGAAGGCAAUACAAAGACACAUCUCACUUAAACUCUCCAGGGAAGGAGGUCCCAAUAUUGUCUCUUGGUAAGUGGAUAACAAAUCAAAUGCUGUUAAUUUUACAUACUAUGGUGUCGCAAGAUCAAAACAUCAGUUCACUACAUUGUGUACUUGAUAUAUAUUCAUGUUUGAAGCCUUGAAAUUUGGUAUUGAGUCGAACAAUAUCACCAAAUAUUCUUUUCUUCUGACAUUAGCUUCCUGAUUGGAAAUUUGUUGAUAUUAAUGAUAGAACACUCAUGGUGGUGGAGGGUUAAAUCUAAAACAUCAACAGAGUUAAUGGAAUUGAAAUUCCUGAAGUGUUGGAUGCCUACUAUCAAAAAGUAUAACAGCUGAUUCCUAAGAAAGCAGACCUUUAACCCUUUCACUCCCAAGGUCUAAUUAGUAAUUCUCCUUACUAUCUGCCAUACAAUUCUUAUGAUGUUAGUUCAGAGAAUUUGGUAUUGGAUCAACUAAUAAUCCCAUAAUUGAUAUUCAUCUCUAUUCUCAUCACCUGCCUGCUUGAUACUGUAUUGAUAUUGUAAGGAGAAAUUCUCUCUUGGUCACAUGUGGGAGUGAAAGGGUUAAGGACUUUCUUCUUAUUAAGCUAUUUAAUACCUAGUAAAACUCAUUUCAGCUCUGUGAGAUUCUAUGUAAAUACUAUGUGAAUCGGUAUGUAAAACCUAUUUUAAGGCUAUUCAAUUCUCUCUUUACUAAUCUACACGAUACAUACAUAACUGUUAAAUAGACCAUGUAAAGGUUUCAUUUGAGUAGUAAAAAUAUAGGAUUUUUUAUCAAAAAAAGUAGCAAAAGAUAUAGAAAUAUCAUAUGAUUUAAAUAAGGCCUCUGUAAGACAAAUUGCACAUAGUUGUUAAAUACUCCAUACAUACCUGUCGCAUUCCCAGCACGGCAGACACGGGGUGUAGCAUAAUUGGGUCCGCCAGGUCAACCACAGUGGAGUACAGGACGGACAGCAGACUCUUACACACGUUUAUUGGACUAAAUCAUGUAAUCAGGCUAGCCAACUUGUUACAACACUUGCGGUGAAAACUAAAAGGAAUGCAUGAUCUGUCUAAGCUAAGGAAACGAGCUAAACUACAAAUCUGACAACAGAAAAACACAACUAACGAUCGUGACUUACGUCUGAUCUUGGCUCUGGGGAUGAACUCCAAGUUGUAAAAAAAAACUCUGAAAGACUCUUAUAAAACUCCUCUUUGCUCCAGGGAAAACUCCUUAAAACUAAAAUGUUCGCGUGAAAAAAGGCCUAACAUACUUCUAUGACAUAAAGGAAACUAAACUGAAAUAACUCUUUGUGUGGCUAGCCAAAAGGAUAUUUUAUAAUCAUUUUAAGAAAACAAAAGGUCAUAUAAUGUUCUAAAGCGUUCUUUGUACUGCGACGUGACAAUGCCAUUUACAUAGCUCAAUGACAUAGCAUUGACAUAGCUUUUAAAUAUGUCCUGUUCUACAAAUGUAAGCUUUCUGCUUGAAAACUUGUCAAUAUUCUUUGUACUACACUCAAGGUAGGGGGGGUUAAAUAUAUUACACUUGAACUGUUCAACUUAUUCACAAAUCUAAUACAUCAAUAGAGAUUAUGGAAUUGAAAUGCUUACUAUAAAACAGCAUAACAGCUGAUCAGUAACAAAGCAGACCUUUAAUAAGAGAAAAACAUCUAGUGCUCAAAACAAUAAUGAGGAUCGAAAUACACCAAUGACAGUAGGCCAUAACCCACUAAUAACAACAAACCAAGUUGCUACAAAUAGUGAUAUCAUCUUUCAACCUCAACACCCAGUGAAGACUGGCAAUACGCGAUUGAUUAGCCUGACUCUUACAUCAUGAGAGAAACAAUUAAAUGUUCAUUUACCUGUACACAAAUCAUAUUGCAAUAAAAUUUUGUAAAUUAAAAUUAAUAGGAAGUACAUUUGGAAAACCUAUUGGUUGUCAUUUGAAGGACAGAAGCUAACAGAGGAUCAUCAACCUCUUACAUAGUAAGUUAACAGAAGAAGUAGUGAUGUAGUAUUAAACAGUAUUUUGAUAGAAUGCUUUGACUCUUUUACUCCAUAGAGUGACUCACAUCUUAUUUCUCCUUACAGUUUCACUCUUGAAUCAAACAUUAAGGUCAUGAGAAUAUAGGAAAUGAUCACCAACUAAAGAAAAUGUUGAUUUUUCAAAAAUUCUCCUGGUCCACACCUCAGGAAAUGUGUAAAGAACAGUACAGAGAAUAUGUACAUGUACACUGAUGAUCAGGCAAAAAAAGUUACCAGUAAAACCAAAACCAUAGAGAUCAAAAUGUUUAAUCACAGCAUCAAAAAAUAUUCCAGUCAAGAAAUAUGAACCAAUGCCAUGAAUGUAAACUAGUGGUUUUAAUUUCUUUGCUAGAUAUAUAUUAUUACAGAAUUAGUGCUUCCACAUUUUAUUUAGCUUAUGUCAUCUGUAAAAAAAGGAAUGUUUUAAAGUAUUUGAGAAGUUCAGUUCCAUUACUAAGCUCAUCACCUGUAAACUGAGAAAUUUUCAUCUUUUCUUUUUCCUUGCUGUGAUUGAGAAAUGGAACUGUUAUUUUAGAGCAUACGUGUAGUUGAAGUUAGCAGACAAUUCUUCUAGAACUUGACUUACUUAAAAUUUUUUUAACAUUUUUUUGAGAAUUUCACUUAAGGUGCCUCAAUAGGCCAAAAAUCCUUAAGAUUGAAAUAAUAGGAAUUAAUGUCAUUUCUAUUGCAAUUUUCAUACUUUUUUUAUCUUGACUGAGUAUGCUAUUUUAUUAGUUUUUAAUGUUAUCAUAUUUUUUUCUCGUUGCAGCUAUGGCAUUCAAAAUAAAGAUGAGGUUACUUUUGUGAAGAGACUCCGAAGGAAAUAAUAGAAUCAUCUUUAUUAGAUGACAGCCAGUCAGAACAGCCAAUGAAAGGGACAGUGGUAUAGUUUUGGAUAACAACUUCUGUCGUGUACCUUGUAAGUCACAGGAGAGGUGGAGAGUUGCCCAGUGAUAUCAGAGGAUGCAAUGUUUGUUGUUUUACUCCCAUAAGAAAGUGGAGAACACAUUACUACAAGACCUAAAGCUGAUAUUGUGAUGAUUUCGUAACUCAGUGGACACAAUGCUGCAGGGAUUCAUUGUUAUGGUUUGCAUGGUCCCUUUUGUAGUCAUAACCACCAAUUCCACCAUUGGCAGUCACUUAUAGAAAAAAAUAUUAUAGACUGCUGUAUUAGAUGAUGAAAGCAAGAAAGAUCUUGUUCUUCUGUAUCACUCUCUCAGCCAAGUGUCAUUUUAUUGAGAGCCUCCUUGUCUUGGCAAUAAGGGUAAAAUGAUAUAUUCCUGUAAUUCUUUUUAAUAUAAGUAAUAAAU